UAUCGUUGUGAUACAUCGUAGAUCAGAGCUGAGCUGUCCACCGCACACGGGCUAUUGGGAUAAAGGACGACUCCAGAUAAACAGAAGCAUGAAGCUGCAUCUCUUUCCUGCCAUUAUCUGUGUAAUAACAGUUGCCUGUUUUCUUCCUGAAACCGACGGUUCCAAACCGGAUAUGCCUCAAAAAGGAACGGAUAACGUGCCAAGUGUAAAGCCAAAAUGCCACUUAUAUCUGCUCCCUGGAUGUCCAAGGGAUCUUAACCCUGUUUGUGGAACAGAUGGGAAGACCUAUUCCAAUGAAUGUAUGCUCUGUUUCUCCAACAGUUAUAAGGACAACAAUGUGGAGAUUAAAUGGAAAGGAGCAUGCUGAUGGGGUGAUAUGAAAUCCAGGAAAAUGGCGCAUGUGAUCGUCCUAAAACAGUGUUCUGCUGUAGGCUAGUUAAAAGUUUCACCUUGUUGCCAUAUUGUCCUACAACUCAAUAAACAACAAAUAGCAAUUAA